CCUUGACCUCCUGUCCCAUAUCCCUAGGGGCUCAGGAGCUGCUGGCCCAGGAGGCUCAAAGUUCUUGACGGUGGAGAACGGACCUCCAAAGCGAUGAUACCAUGGAAGGGUCAACUCCGAGCUUGGGCGGCCAGGGGCGGACUCCACAGAAGCCGGGUCGAUCCCGACCGGGAGCUCGACUUUCAGAAGAGAGACGCCCCAGCAAGCCUCUUUAGGGGAGUUCUCCAGCUCCUCACCUCCAUGGGCCAGACAGCCUCGGCAGGGGGCGGCAGCAGCAGCACCCACACCCCGCAGGCCCUGUACCCUGACCUGUCUUGUCCCGAGGGCUUGGAGGAGCUGCUCUCGGCUCCCCCUCCUGACCUGGGGGCCCAACGGCGCCACGGCUGGAACCCCAAGGACUGCUCAGAGAACAUCGAGGUCAAGGAAGGGGGGUUGUGCUUUGAACGGCGGCCCGUGGCCCAGAGUACUGAUGGGGCCCGGGGUAAGAGGGGCUACUCGAGGGGCUUGCACGCCUGGGAGAUCAGCUGGCCCCGGGAGCAGAGGGGCACCCACGCUGUGGUGGGCGUGGCCACGGCCCUCGCGCCGCUGCAGGCUGACCACUAUGCGGCGCUGCUGGGCAGCAACAGCGAGUCGUGGGGCUGGGACCUUGGGCGCGGGAAGCUGUACCAUCAGAGCAAGGGGCCCGAGGCCCCCCGGUAUCCAGCCGGACCUCAGGGUGAGCAGCUGGAGGUGCCGGAGAGGCUGCUGGUGGUUCUGGAUAUGGAGGAGGGAACUCUGGGCUACGCUAUUGGGGGCACCUACUUGGGGCCGGCCUUCCGCGGACUGAAGGGCAGGACCCUCUAUCCAGCAGUAAGCGCUGUCUGGGGCCAGUGCCAGGUCCGCAUCAGCUACCUGGGCGAAAGGAGAGUCGAACCCCAGGAAGGAGCCGUUGAGGUCCAGGCACCUGGAAGAGCAGUGCAGGAGGCAGGGCCUUGGGGCUGAGCGGACUUAACUGUUCUGCAGUUGCCGAGUCUGCAGCAGAGGGUGGCCGCCGCUCCCCCGUAGCCCAUGGGAGCUAUUGUAGAGUGGAGGAGGGCCACCCUUCCUUUCACCUCCUCAGACCCAGCUCUGGGGCCUCUCUGGAUUCAAAGCCUGGGCCAGCUCCACGGUCAGAGCCGCCUCGGCCUGUUGCUUAGACGGCCUUACUUAGAGCUUCACCCCAACUCCGACCGGGGACGUGUGAGAUCCAUGAUGCGUCCGCCAUAAGAGCAGAUGCAGAACUUCAGGGCACCGUAGACCUCCCCUGAACCGAGGUGGGAGCAGACUUGCAGCAGGAAAACGGAAGGGACUCUGGGCAGGACCCCGUGGUUUGAGGAUGUCUGGCUGGUGGCCGCACCCGUACUUACCUUCCCUCAUUCUCUCUCCCAGCCGAGCCACACUCCCUUCUGCACCUGAGCCGCCUGUGUGUGCGCCACGCCCUGGGGGAUACGCGGCUAGGCCACGUUUCUGCUCU